AUGAAAACCGCCCUCCAAAUUACCGGUUUUCUUUUUCCAGUUUAUCCAAUAUCGACCACUGAUUCUAUUUUGUCCUUUUCAACCUUCUUUCUUUUUUUCUUUUUUUCUUUCUUUCUUUCUUUCUUUCUUUCUUUCUUUUCUUUCUUUCUUCUGUUGAUAUGCUGUAAAACAAACCAAAUCUUUCUUUCUUUUUCUUUCUUUCUUUCUUACUUUCUUUCUUUCUUUUUUCUUUCUUUCUUUCUUUGCCUUAAUUUCUAUUCUAUUUACAUCCCUUUCUUUCUUUCUUUCUUUCUUCCUUUCUUUCUUUCUUUCUUUCUAAGGAGACAGCGUCUUUUCUUUCCCCACCCCCAACACCAUCUCACAAUUUUGCUUCAAAUUUCUUUUUUAAUAUCCCUUUUGGAAGACAUCGCAUAUUCCGUCGUCUGUUACAACAAUUCCAAUAGAGUGAAAUUUACUGUCUUUCAAGAUAUUAGACUUUUCCUUCUUCUUUUUUUCUCCUUCUUCCAUUAUACUUUUUCCUUUACCUUCCUCCUUUUUUUUACAUUCUUCCCUUCUUUUUCAUUUCGUCUUUCUUUUUCGUUUUUAAAAUUAUUUCAGAUUUCUCUCACCUUCAUUCAUCUGUUUCUUCUCCUCCUCCUUUUUUUUUUUUCUUUCAUUAUACCUUUUACUUUUCCUUCCUCUUCUUUUAAUUCUUCUCUCCUUUUUCAUUUCGUCUUUCUUUCUCGUUUUUUUUUUCAAUUCUUUAUUUCAGAUUUCUUUCAGCUUCAUUCUUCUUUUCUGCUUUUUCUUCUUGUUCUUUUUCUUUUACCUUUUUUCCUUUUAAUAUUCUUCCUCAAUUUGCUUUUUCCUUCUCCUCUCCUCCUCAUCUUUAUGUUUUACUUCGUUAAUUUCUUCUUUAUUCUUAUUCACUAUUUUUCUUCCCCCCCCCAUUCUCUCUUUUUAUUUGUUUGUUUAUUUAUUUAUUUUGCCAUUGACUUCUCGUUUCCCCUCCUCAUCUUUUCACGUUUUUUCUCCUUACUUCUUCAUCCUAUUAUUUCUUUUAUUUUUUUCUUCUCCUUUAAAAUAAUUUAA